AUGCUGCGCGUAGAGGGGCUCAAACGAGCUUAUACCCGCAAGUCUGAGGAGGUAAGGAGAAGCAAACGGGCUGUUGAUGACGCCCAUAAUGUUGCUGACUACUCUUUGUACAUGCAUGGCUUAGAAUCUAAAUCUAUACGCAUGGAACAGGCGGAGAAGACCAAGGCCCUCCAACAGCAGAUUGAUCAGCUGAAAAACCAAGUUGACCAACUGCAGGCGUCCCUGGAUGAUGCCAAUAAAAAAUUGGAGGAACAGACAGAGCCCCUCCAACGGCUGAGCAAGGCGGAGACUGAAAAUGGCCGCCUUGCCAAAGAGAAUGAGCGCCUGCGCAAAGAGGCGGCUGCUGCCAAUGAGAACUUCAAGGCCACCUUGGAGUCAGAGCAGGAGAGGCUCAUUGAAGAGCAUGAGCAUGACUGUGCAAACCGGAUGCAACGGGCGUUUUCCCUCAUCCACCCGGAGGCGGACUUCACCGUCUGGGAACUCGCCUUCAAAUAUUCUGAUCUUGCCAUUCUGGCCGAGGAGGCGAAUGAGCCGGGGCCCGGACCCUAUGACGCUUGGGUUAGAGAGGAGAUUGCGCGACGGCAGGCGGAGGCUGCUGAAGAGGAAGAAGUUGUUCCUGAAGCCAACGCAGCCGCUCACCCUGAUCCAACCCAGAACCAACCGGAAUAG